CGUUUACGACUGCGCAUGUCUGCAGUGGUUGUUGUCAGCGGUGGUUAUGGAGAUGACAUGGGGCUUCGGGCUGUCAACAUUGCGGUGAUGUUUGUGUGUCCAACAGAGGAAUGCCCAGGAAGAUAGGAUUCACUGUGGUCAGCUCUUCCAGUCAUGAGGACAACUUUAGUGCUAAGGAGCUCAUGGUGCAUGCACCAACAGUCAACGGCUGGAGAUCCAGCAGGCUGUGCUCCUACCCUCAGCACAUCACGCUCCAGCUGGUUGAAAGAAGUAGGGUAAGGAAGCUGCAGCUAUUGGCUCAUCAGUACAUGAUCCCAACCAAGGUUGAGUUCUAUAUUGGUGACACUCUUCCUGAAACGAGCUCUCCAGGGUUCUCCAGGCAGCUUCGCAGACUUGGGUAUGUGUCUUUGUCGGACAAUGAGAAGACAGGCUUCAAAGCUCGGGAACUGAAGUCAGUCCAUGUAGAUGCCGUUGGAACAUAUCUGAGAAUAACCUUCCACAGAAACUAUGGCAACCGUUACAAUCACUAUAAUCAGGUUGGUUUGGUUGCCAUUAAUGUUCUGGGAGAUACUUUGGAUGGCAAUGCUUUUAACACAAUACCAAGCAGAGAGCAGCUGAUCGAACACUACCUCAACAGUACCCAGCUGGAGGCUGCCUUGGAGUCGACCUUCAUGGGCAAAUGUGAGUCCAUUUCCCCCUUGGACGAUCUGGCCUUUGAUAUGUACCAGGACCCCGAAGUUGCCCACAUCAUUCGUCUCCUGGACCAAAAGAAGCAAGAGAUGGUCCGGCAAGAGAAAUAUGAGGAAGCCAAGAAUUUAAAGCAGGCUAUUGCUGACCUUCAAAAGGUCGGGGAGCGUUUGGCUAGAUACGAUGUGGAGAAGCGAUGUGCGAUUGAAAAGGAAGACUAUGAUCUGGCCAAAAAGAAGAAGGAGCUGAUGGAGGAGUACAGGAAGAGUGUGUACCAGCAGCUGGAAGUACACAACCUGCUGGAUAUGACAAUGGUCACGAGGGCAGCAGAAUCAACCCUGGCCCAGCACUCUCCUCCUGUUCUGUCUUCUCCAGGUCGUUCUUCAGUCUAUACCAAGCCUCUUGUAUCCACAGACACAAUCAGCAAAGGGAAAAAUCCAAACAUUCAUAAAAACCAACAAUUAGCUAAAGAAUCUACCACAUCCAACCUGAGCAGCCAACCUGACACACCUUGUACGCCUGCUGCUGUACUCAAAAUCGAUGUUACCAGUGUGCCUUACGACGAGAGGCCGCUGCCAGCCCUUCAGAGGAAAGAUCAGCCACUGGAGGCCACUCAGAGCCCUGCGGAGGAGCACUCCCCGAUAUCAGAAGUGCAAAGGACUCCACAGAGCACUGAAAUGAGUGGAGAACCAGAACCCCUGACAGAGAAGGUGCUGAGAGAGGCUGGUCUUCCAAUAGAGGUCUUUGGAGAAAGCCUGGUGGCGGGGGCAUAUUCUAAAACCUGGUGCUACAGAGUGGACGCCCUGCUUUCUGUGUAUAAGAAGCUUUUGGAGGUCUCUCCCACCACCCCCAAGGAAGAGCUGAGGAACAUGAUAAGAGCUGCUGUGUUCCUCGUCAAAAAAGCCCUCUUGGAUAAAGUCACAUCUGUUCUCCAUGCCUCGCUGAAGCUGCUGCGGCUAAUGCUAAGCCAGCUGAUCCCAGGUGUAGGGCUUGGCCGAGCUGAGGUGACCCACUGCUUGGAGCAGACCUUUCCUAAUCUGCUGGCCAGGACCGGAGACUCCACUACUCGCGUUCGGGCCACAGUUUCUGCCUUCAUACAGGAAAUUGCUGUUCUGAAGGAUGUCAGGGCCCUGCAGAUGAUCCCUGGUGAGCUGGUGAAACCCUUCAAAUCCAGCGUUCCCUCUCGCCUGGCUGAGAGUCGGGCUGAGCUACUCGAGAAACUGCUCAUUGAACUUGGCACAGAAAACUCUGGCUUCACCCUGGAAAAUGUCAUGACGUUCUGUACAGCGGCAUUGGCGCACAGCGCAUCAACAGUUCGAGAGCUGGCACUGCGAAUCAUCUUAUCUAUGUACCAAAAGGAGAGAAGUGCCGUCCUAAGCUACCUUCCACCCAACGAUGCUGCAGUACGAAAGAACGUCCUCUACAAAAACCUCUUUGAUGGCUUUGCCAAGAUUGAUGGAAAGCUGGUAGAGACUCAGACUUUAAAGAAAGGUGGGGGUCAGCCGGACGGACAGAAGGAGAAGGAGGAGAUCCACUCUCUUCAGGAGCAGCUGGCUGCCUUAAAAGAGAUCACAGAGAGAGGCAAUGAAAGCACCAAAGGACAAAUAGCCAAACGAGAAGUUCACAAAGCUGAGAAAGAUUCCCAGAAAGCUGGCAAAGGAACUGUCACAAAAGGGUCCCAGAACAAGAGGAUGGAAAGUGGUGAUGUCCAACAAUCAAUCAACUGUCUGGACAACUUGUGUAUAUUCUGCAGUAAAAAAGACGAGUCUUUCACAGAAGACGGAUUGGACCUUCACUACUGGAAACAUUGUCCGAUGUUGCGGCGCUGCGACGAAUGUCGACAGGUAGUUGAAAUAGCCAGCCUUACGGAGCACCUACUGGGUGAAUGUGAAAACAGGUCCAAAUUCAGCCAGUGCCCACUCUGCUCAGAGGCUGUGGCCAGCGAGGACCUGGCUCACCACGCUCAGGGUCCUGGCUGCAAUCCCCCCAUUUUGGGUAAAUGCUUCAACCACUGUCCUCUGUGUCACAGCAACUUCACGCCCGGAGAGGAGGCCUGGAAGGCUCACCUCAUGGGCAGGGAGGGCUGUAAACAAAACUCACGCAGGACUGCGGCAAUCCAAAGAACCCAGCCAGCACAAGGCAGAGCUUUCGGUGGAACCAAACUAAAGCAGGUCUGGUCAUAUGGAGCCCGAGCCAGAGCCAGGCCCAUGGGCAGGGGCAGCCGAAUCCCAUCACUGGCUCCUUUAGCCAGAGAGUAUCCACCAGGGAAGCGUUAAAGCUGGUCUGAAGAAGCCCAGAGACGUCCCCUCACACUUCAACAGGAGAAAGCCAACAGUACCAGACGACCCCACCCACUCCAUUAUUUCCACAUUCGGGCACUUUUGAGACGUUUCAGAUGUAUUCACUGACAUAUGCAAUAUAUUUAAAGCCAUUAUUACUUUAUGAUUGAAGCCAUUAAUAUAUUUAAAGUCUUAUAAGAUCACAGAAUUACAACACGGUGUUUUACCCAUUGUUGAGACGAUGACGUAAAUUCUAAUCCUGUUAUGUGCGACAAAGUUCACACAGAACAGAAAAUGCUUUUCACUACACGUCAAGCCUCUAGCCUCUCACACACCUGUCAAGUAAACAUAGGCACACAGAGUGCUGUUUGCUGAAAUCCCCUUAUAGGAUUUGUUGGUUUUGAGGCUCUUUUUUUUCACUGCCAUUUAGAGCAUCAUUACAGAGGAAUUGUACAGCUUUAGCGGGUAGUCCCUCACUGUUGGACUGCACUUCCCAACUGUGACUUUGUGUGACUCACAAGAUGGAUUUUAAACAGAGUUUGUGUAAAGGUAAAGCAGCAGUGUACAGGGUGAUAGGACUUUAGGCUUCAGGUUUAGGUUGUGUUUUAGAAGUUGACCCCUUAUAAUGCAACCAGUGUAGUGAGGUUUUAUGAUUAGUUUCUGAGUGGUUAUCUGCAAUUUAUAAUUUAUACAUCCUUAAACUGCAGUACAAGCUCUCGCUUAUAAACAUGCUAUCGCAACGAUUUUCUCACACCUAAAAAACAAACAAACAAGUGUAGCAUGUAAACAUUUAUUUUAUCCUAACCUUCAAAUUGUAGAGUUUGAAGAGGCCAAACCUCUUGGAGUAUGUAGAACUUCACUGCUUGUCUAACAUGGCUUAUUGCCUUCAUCUGUGUAAAUGUGCUAGUGCAAGUUUGGACCUUUUAAGAUUUCAUCCUCUGAUCCAUGCACCUUGCAGAUAGCUAGCUGUCCCAUGGAACUCCACCCACCUUCUAAACACUGUAAGGAUUGGCAAGUUUAUGCUGCAGAGCACAACUAAAAUCAACAGUUUCUUGUGUAGAAUCGGUCUACACCAGAUGAAUGGGUUGACAAACUUCUAUGGGUAACCGUCGCAGUUUCAGUAAAAAUAUGUCUAAUUGCUACAUCCCUUCAGAAGACGAUGACUCAUACCUUCUUGCACACCCAGUAACAGGAGGAGGAACGAGGUCACAGUUUAGUUACAAGCAGAAGAUGUUCUUUGCUUUGAGGGAAGCUUUGCUGUCGACUUCACACUUAGCCAACUGUUUACAUAUUUGCUUUCCUUUUAUAAUAAUUCUAUAUAGAAAUAGCACUUUGCCAAAGGAUGAUGUUUUACUGCUGAAUUUCUAGCACACUGCCGUGACUUACUUCCCUCCACAAUGCCUACUGAUAGUAUGAAGUAGAAGUAAAAUGAGACAAAGUAGGUCUCUGAAUGAAACAGCACUGCUAGAAUGAGGAAAGGAGUGGACAUGAAUAUGCUACAUACUGUAUGUACACCGCAUUUUUUCCCUCCAGUGUUCAGAAUCACAUCACUGGCUUCAAACUGAUAGAAUCACAAGCUGAAAAGUUAAAUCCUACAUAUAACAUUUAGCCUGGUUUAUAAUUAUCUCUUAAGUUGUGCUCAUGUUGUGCUGCACAGUGUUAUGAUGACGACAAAGUGAUUGUGAUGUAUCUGGAAACGGUAAUAACAUUAAUGUGAGCGUAUGUUUUAUUAGUGGGGAAACAACUUGCUUUAGUCUGCUUCUGUACUGAGAGCUGCAGCAAAAGUAGAUGUAAAAGUUGUGUUCAUGCAUUUGUAGUCAACAGCAUUUUGACUUCUUUUUUCUGCAGAUGUAUUUGUUAAAUAAAGCAUUAUUCAGGGACCAUUGCACAUGUGCUUCCAUGUAAUCAAAAUUCCCCAUUAGUGUUUCACCAUAAAUGUUACAUGUUAUACACGGCUCUAUUUAAGAGCCCCCUGUGUAUUAAAAAAAUGGGCAGUGUCCAACUUCCAGGAUUAUUGUUGAGCAAUAUAAAACACAUAUCAAUCAAGUUUUGCAACGUUAUUCAGUGUUUACAAGAGAGCUCUGGUUUUAUUGACACUAACACACAUGAAUUUACAGUGUUACACACACGUGGUUUCUUUGGUUUCAGGGCUGCCUCUGUAAAUCUUACAAAACAAGGUAAAACAGAACCAAUAUAUUAUCUUAAAAUACCCAUAAUUUGAUUUUUACAAUUUACAAUUUCUAUUCAAUAAAAUAAUCAUUCAAAUAUGAA